AGCCCCAGGGCUGCGCGGGCCCACGGCUUUGCCUCGUCGCUGAGGGUCUGUUACAUAGCCGCCAGAGCAGUUACGGGUGAACCACUGGGCUUCCAAAGUCCCAAACGGAUCCCACAAGACCGCUGAGGUCUUGAAAGCGACGCCGCAAGCGAGCGCCGCCUAAACAGCAUCCUUGCUGAGGAGCCGCCGAAACUCUCGGCGCCCACAUAAGCCGCGCGCGCCAGCCCGCGCGCCCCACAAAACCCACCGCGGACACCAUGGACCCGUACGGAGGCUACGGCUUCCCCCCCCAGCAGCCGCCGCUCCAGGCGCCGGCCGCGCCCGUCGCGCCGCCCGUCGCCGCGGUGGCGCCGCCGGCGCCGCUCUUCCAGGCGCCGCCGCCGGCCGUCGCCGCGCCCUUCGUCGCCCCGCCCGUGCCCGCCGCGGCCGUCGCGCCGCCGGUCGCGCCGGCGCCGCUCACGCCCGCGGACCAGGGCGACGAGUGGAAGACGGAGGGCCACCCGCUGAUUGGUAGGGAGAUCAUCCGUUUGGUAGAGGGCGGCCCGGCCUACAGCGAGGGCAAGGUCACGGGCUGGCUGUCCGCGGCGGAGUCGGACUUUCUGGACGACAAGGGCCAGCCCGCGGCGCUCUUCCACGUCCAGUACACGGCCGGCGCCCUAGUCGGCGACCAGGAGGAUCUGGAGUUGCACGAGGUCGAGGCCAGUAUCAAGGUCCCCGACGACGACGUCGAGGACGCGGCUGCCGCCGUCAUGGCGACGCUCCCGCAGCCGACGGCCGCAGCCCGGGAGCCGCCGGCGCCGCCGCCGCCGCCGGACAACCACCCCGGCCGCCUGAUUGAUCCGCGCGAGUGCCCGGACACCGUAGAAGUGAAAUUCAUCGCCACCAACCCGAAGCGGCCGGGCACGGCCUGCAAUUUACGCUACGAGGCCUACAAGGACGCGACGACGGUCAAGGAGUUCCUCGAGAAGGGCGGCUGGCGCGCCGACUUGGUGCAUGACGUGAACAAGAACUAUUGUGCGCUCGGGGGUGCGGUGCCGACGGGCACGCCGCCGCCUCCUACCAAACCCCGCAAGUACCGCCCGCCGUCGAACACGAAGAAGGACUCGGACGACGACGAGGACUGGGAGAAGAAGCCCGAAGAUGAUGAUAGCGAGGACGACGACUUCGUGCCCUCCCUGCAAGAGAAGCGCGCGGCGGCCGCCGAGCUCGCCGACGGCCCGGCCUUCAAGCGCCGCAGCCAGGGCCCGCCGGCGGCCAUGCCCGAGCCCGAUUUGGCUCCUGUCCUCCAGACGCUCGGGGCCGGCAUGCCGCCGGCGCCCGCGCCGGCGCCGCCGGCCGUCACGGCGCCGGAAGGUGCCGCGCCGCUCGGCGCGGCCGUGCCCGUUAUGACAGCGCCGGCGCCGCCGGUGCCGGCGGCCGUGCCCGUCGUCCAGCAGCAGAUGCCGCCCGUGCCGGCGCAGCCGGCGGUGCCGCCGGCGGCGCCCUACGUCCCGCCGCCGGCCGCGGCGCCCUUCGGCGGCAACCAGUUCGGUGGCGGCUACCAGUUCCCCUAG